UAGCUUCUCAAACUAACAUCAUACCAUAAUAAAACUAGACGUAUUUGUGGUGAUAAUAAACAUAUAUGUGCAGUUCUAGUUUUAGUUCUGAAUUCUGAUAGAGAUUCUGCUGAAACUGCGCCACAAACAAGAACAAUAUGUCAUCUGGUUUGCUGAGGAUUCUACUUGUUCUACUCUUUUUCUCAUCAAUUCCACAAAAAUCUGAUGGGCAGUUUGAAGAUUGGUGCAUAGCUGAUGAGCAGACCCCAGAUGAUGAGUUGCAAAAGGCACUUGAUUGGGCAUGUAGGAAUGGUGCAGAUUGCAGUAAGAUACAAGAAAAACAGCAUUGUUAUUUGCCAAACACUCUCAAGGACCAUGCCUCUUUUGCAUUCAACAGCUAUUAUCAGAAGAUGAAGAACAAAGGAGGCAGUUGCUACUUCAAUGCAGCUGCUAUCAUCACUGAUCUUGAUCCAAGUCAUGGUUCAUGCAAAUAUGAGCUUCUUCCUUAAACCUAUAAUCAAUGGCCUUUUUGAGUUUCUUCCCUCAAAGGUCGAGUGAGGAUUUUCAAUACAACUCUCAGUUUUCUCUAUAGAAAUUUUCGGAUUAUUUUCUUGAUGAUUGUACUAAAAAAAUUCCUAACAAUAGUGUGAUGACUUCUUGAUUCAGUUCAGUGGUACAUGUGUGUAAUUUUAUUUUAUAUGCAUAUGUAUAUUUUGCUUGGGUAUGGUAUGAUAUGAAACACGUCCAAUGGGGCCGGUAAGGCCAGGACCGUGCUUCAAUUACUUGAAUUUUUUAGGGCUGUUUUAUUUUUAGAUAAUUACUAACAGGUCCAAUUGGUUGCACUUAUUUA